AUGGGCCAGUGCUUCCACAACCAGACCGUGGACUUCUUCUACAAGAACAGCGGCAAGGAGCUGAGCGCGCACUGGAGGCCCAAGGACGUCCUGGUGGUGGCCCUGGGGCUGACCGUGAGCCUCCUGGUGCUGUUCACCAACCUGCUGGUCAUCGCGGCCAUCGCCUCCAACCGCCGCUUCCACCAGCCCAUCUACUACCUGCUGGCCAACCUGGCGGCGGCCGACCUCUUCGCGGGCAUCGCUUAUCUCUUCCUCAUGUGCCACACUGGCCCCUACACGGCCCGCCUCUCGGUGAACCGCUGGUUCCUGCGCCAGGGCCUGCUGGACGCCAGCCUGACGGCGUCGGUGGCCACGCUGCUGGCCAUCGCCGUGGAGCGGCACCGCAGCGUCAUGUCCGUGCAGCUGCACAGCCGCCUGUCACGGGGCCGUGUGGUCCUGCUCAUCGCCGUCGUCUGGGUGGCCGCGCUGGGCCUCGGGCUGCUGCCCGCCCGCUUCUGGCACUGCCUGUGCGCCCUGGACCGCUGCUCCAGGAUGGCACCGCUGCUCAGCCGCACCUACCUGGCCGUCUGGGGCCUGUCCAGCCUGCUGGUCUUCCUGCUCAUGGUGGCCGUCUACACCCGCAUCUUCUUCUACGUCCGCCGUCGGGUGCAGCGGAUGGCUGACCACGUCAGCUGCCACCCGCGCUACCACGAGACCACCGUCAGCCUGGUGAAGACUGUCGUCAUCAUCCUGGGUGCCUUCGUGGUGUGCUGGACGCCGGGUCAGGUGGUGCUACUGCUGGACGGCCUAGACUGCCGCUCAUGCAACGUGCUGGCCGUGGAGAAGUACUUUCUGCUGCUGGCAGAGGCCAACUCGCUGGUCAACGCUGCCGUCUACUCCUGCCGGGACGCUGAGAUGCGCCGCACCUUCCGCCGCCUGCUCUGCUGCUCCUGCCUGCGCCGCCCUGGCCGUGGGUCCCCAGGCUACCUGCCCGCCGCCGCCCGCGCCAGCACCCGAGUCAUGUUGUCCGAUGGCGGAGGCGGCAGCCCGCCCACUGACUCAACCCUCUAG